AUGGGUUUACAAAAUUCAAAAUACCAUCUUCAAACACGCAAUUUAUGGCAUCAUCUAUUCAAAGCUGAUCGGAACUCUUAUCAAUAUGGGGCAAGCCGACAUCGACGACAUGAUGAGCCGCCUUCUCAAGAUUUGAAUCAUCGGAGGACGUUUGACGGCAUGCGUUUCAGAAGACGAGCUGAAGUCUCUGUGUUGCCUCGCAAAGAAUGUUUUUAUGCAUCAACCAUCACUCACCGAAGUUGGGCCACCAAUUGUUGUUUGCGAGGAUAUCCAUGGAGAGUAUCCCGACCUCUUGCGCAUCUUCGAAAAGACCACUUUUCCACC